GGAUACAUGUUCACUUCAAGUAGAAAGGAGCAUGUUCCCAAAUUCCUCCAACUUGGGUCGUCCACCCUUCCCUCCAAAACAUCAACAACAGAGUAAUUUCUUCAAUAAGCUUCCUCUGAAUAUGCCACCUACUCUUCUCUCUCACCAGCAAAUUAUUGAUGCUCAGUUUAAUUUUCAGAAUGCAGCUCUUUCCAGGGCUCUUUUGAGUCGGAACCUUGCACCUAUUCCAGCUGUUACUCCGCAGCCGAUGACGUAUGGAAAUGGCAGUCCAGUACAUACGUCUGAUGCUCCCACGUUAUUCCGAGGAAGAAAGAGACUAAGUGAACAAAGUAUUCCACAUGAUGUCAAACGGCAGCGGUUUCAUUCACAUCAUUCUGAAACAACUGUAGUUAACCAAGCAGUGCCUUUACCAGAAGAACGUAGAUGCUCCUUCCCAGGAUCAAUUCAAUCUCCACUGUUCCGUGCACAUUACGUACCAGAUUUAACUGGAUGUGUCCCUCCAUUGCGAGAUACUUUGUUUCCAGACCCUAUAGAAACCACGCUCCCUGUGGCCAAAGAUAAGUUAAGUCAGCAGGUUUUGGAGUUGUUUCAAGCAUGUCAGCAACAGACCUAUGAUUUGAACAGAAAAGAGCUCUGCAGAACAGAACUCCAGAGAGAAAUUCAGCGAAUUUUUCCACAGAGCAGGCUCUUUUUGGUUGGGUCCUCGCUGAAUGGGUUUGGCACUCGUAGCAGUGAUGGUGACUUGUGCCUGGUGGUUAAAGAAGAACCAGUAAAUCAGAAGACUGAAGCAAGGCAUAUACUCAGCUUAGUCCAAAAACUCUUCAGUACUAAACUUUCAAGCUACAUUGAGCGACCUCAGCUGAUUCGAGCAAAAGUGCCGAUAGUGAAGUUCAGGGAUAAAGUCAGCUGUGUGGAGUUUGACUUGAAUGUAAACAAUGUUGUAGGAAUAAGAAAUACAUUCCUUCUGAGAACCUAUGCAUACAUUGAGAAUCGAGUUCGUCCAUUAGUACUUGUUGUUAAGAAGUGGGCGAGUUUUCAUGACAUAAAUGAUGCCAGUCGUGGUACUUUAAGCAGCUAUAGUCUUGUAUUGAUGGUUUUGCACUAUCUACAGACCCUACCUGAACCCAUCCUUCCAUCCCUUCAAAAAAAUUACCCAGAAUCUUUUGAUCCUACUAUGCAGUUGCAUCUUGUUCAUCAAGCUCCAUGUACCAUUCCUCCUUACCUCUCAAAAAAUGGAUCAAGCCUUGGAGAUUUGCUAAUAGGCUUCUUCAAAUAUUAUGCCACAGAAUUUGAUUGGAGCCAUCAAAUGAUUUCAGUUCGUGAGGCCAAAGCUAUUCCAAGACCUGAUGGUAUUGAAUGGAGAAACAAAUUUAUUUGUGUAGAAGAGCCCUUCGAUGGGACAAACACUGCUAGAGCUGUACAUGAAAAACAGAAGUUUGAUAUUAUCAGAGGUGAAUUUCUGAAGUCUUGGCAGGUAUUACGAGACAAGAAAGACCUGAACUGUAUAUUACCUUUAAGAACAACCAUGCAGAAAAGAUAACCAACUUCUUUCACUUCCUUCUUAUUGGAUCCUGCUGAAAUAAAGAACAGUAUCAAAAUCAAGAGGCAGUUACCCCCUGGUUUUUUAUGACAUGUUUUUCUCUGUAAACUUUUGUUAAGGAAAUGUUUAUAAGAAAGAUUGCAUAUUUUAUUAUCGACAUUUGUUAAUACAGCUGUUCAUUCAAAGAUACGUUUUCUGAAAAUGCUUGCGUUGUUGACUUCUAGAAGAAAAUCAAACAGCAAACCACAAGAAUAAAUCCAUUUUAAGGAAAGUAUGGGCAUAUACUGACUUGUUGUUUCCAUAAUCUGUGUAAUCAUUAAUUUGGACACAUUUAACCAUGAAAUAAAGACAUUCAGAGCUAAACAAUGUGCAAGUCUGACUAUGUCCUUAAGGCAUUGCAUACAGUACCCACUUCUUGAUGAACAGGCAGCCCGUGCUUUACAUCUGCUUAAUUGCAGUAAGCACUUUUGCUCAACUUGGCACUUUCCAGUUUUAUUUCCCUUUUACAUGGAACAACAAGCAACAAUUUAUGAAAAUUAAGCUAGAUUAUGGUUGGUAGUGUUCUGGAUAUCAAGAACUGUAAACUGGAAUUUUCAAGCAACAGUUCUACUACAAAGAAGUUGAAAUAGAAAAGGACAAAUCAAUAUACAUAAAUGCUUCAUAUUCAUACAGAGUAGGUAAGGUACUUUUUAGUGCUUCCUUUUAUGUAUUUGAAGUAGUAGUGAUGUCUGCUUUGGGAAGAAAAAACCAACAAAAACCAACAAACAAAAAACCCCAAACCACACCAAAACACCCCACAACACUACCACUGCUACAAUAAGCUGGGCUUCUGUUUUGAUUUUGUGUAAAUAUUUGUAAAUUGGUCAGCUACUGUAAAUUGAAUUUAAAUAAGUAAUCUUGAAAAUUUUAGCUUUUCCAAAAUGAAAUUGUGAAGCCUCUUUUAGACCUGCUGUAGCACAAUUUAUGCCUCUCAUAUAUUUGUUAUUGAAGACCAAUUCAUUGUUAAAACUGUACUUACCAUUGAUGUCAAAUUCAUAUUUUCAUUUUUUUAAGUUUAAUAUUUUGUAUGGUGUCCAGUGGAAUAAAAUUUAUAUA